CAUAGUCAACAAGGGCGAUACUGAUAAGAACGGGCAGACCCGUUGCACAUUUCUGAUCGACCUCGUGAGCACAUCUUCGCUGCUCCCUGCGGUUCAUGAGGGUAAGCCCGGAGAGACAGAGCUACACCUGGUGGUCUUGGGGUUGUUGACGGAGAUAAGGAAGGCUUUGGAAACUCGACUGGAGGGUGGCCAGGUUCGAGAUGGGAAGCCCGGAUACUGGACCCAAAUAGCCAAAAGGAUCCAUGUCGUUUUCAUUUACAUGUAUUUAUUCUCAAUCCUUAGCUUUGUGUGCUAUAUGGCUGCAAGGUGGUAUAUGGUUGUACACCAUGACGCCACCCCAGCUUCACAAUGUUAACAGCAUUUGAGAAGGGUUUACAAAUCUUUGGAAUUGAACAGAAAUUAAUUUCUGCUAUUUCUGAAAUCUUGCAAAAUAUUCCUCUGCCCAAAUAUACCCUCUAUCUUUAUGACUCACAAAUCGUACAGCAGCUUUAACGUACCAUGAAGCAAAUAAAGUAGAUAUACAUACACUCGUAGGUAGCAAGAUUAUCGUAUGCAUCAAAAAUACUUACCACAGGUGGAAGUAUUCAGUAUUACCGCCACCCUUCUCCAAUACUGUAGGGGGCGCUGUGGUCCUCAGUGUUCAUGAAGUUGUUCUUCUUCUCUGACAGCUGCAGUGAAUCUGUGACGUGGAUUUUCAUUCAAGGAUUCCUCAGUCCCUGUGUUGUACCAACUAAAUAAAUUAGCACUAAGCUUUAUUUCACAUUCUCCGAUUUAUUUUGACGUUCUGUCCUUUAUUUGGUCUUCAUAGUAUAUCAUUAUACCACAGACGAUUUAACAGCCACAGGUACCACGAUGAGUAAAGGCAAAGUGCUGAACCUAAAGGAUAAGAUCAAUGGAAACGAAAUGGACCUCAGUCUCUGUAACCUUUCCGAAGUUCCAGUCAAAGAACUCGCUGCUUUGCGAAAAGCGACGGUUUUGGACUUGUCUUGCAAUAACAUCACAUCACUUCCUCCAGACUUCUGUAAAUUGACUCACCUGAUCAGGGUAGACCUGAGUAAGAACCAGCUGGCGUCACUGCCCGAUGACCUGGGUAACCUCUGCAACCUCCAGCACCUGGACCUGUACAACAACAAGCUAACAGGCCUCCCUGUCAGCUUCUCUCAGCUACGGAACCUCAAGUGGCUGGACCUGAAAGACAACCCCCUGGAGACGGAGCUGGCCAAGGCGGCCGGGGACUGUCUGGACGAGAAGCAGUGCAAACAGUGUGCCUCCAAGGUUCUGCUGCACAUGAAAGAAGUCCAGGAAGAGGUGGACAAAGCCAGAGAGAAACGCUUCCUGAAAGAGCGAGAACAAGAGAAGAAGAAGGAGGCCAAGAAGAGGGAGCGCGAGGCCAAGGAGCGCGAGGUCCGGAAGCAGGAGAAGGCGGAGGAGAAGGAGAGGAGGAGGAAGGAGUACCAGGCCCAGCUGGACGCCACAGCCGCCCAGGAGCACCAGAGGAAGAAGAAGGAGGAGAAGAAGAAGAGGAACGGGCUGGCGGCAGAUAAAAAAGCUGCAGAGGAGUCCGCCCCGAAACCACGGCGCUCUCUGAUUGGCCUGCUGUUCAAGCUCCUCCUCCUGCUGCUGCUGGGACUGGCCGGCGCGGCGGCGGCCUGUCAGCUGACGGAGCUGCGCAGGGAGGCGGCGUGCGUGCCGGUCAACGCGGCCCUGGAGACGGGGCUGACCUGGGCCCGGCGGCAGGACGUGCUGCUCAGACAGCUGCUGAAGGACUGGUCCACGAUGGCCAAGGAGCUGCUGGAGUCCAGCCAGACGGCCAAGAACUGAACCCAGGUCCGGUUCAGUCGCUCGUCACCGUGGGUUCCCGCUGUUAUGUAUGUAUGUGUGUGUGUGUGUGUGGAAAUGUGGGAUAGUUGACUUUUUUCUUGCUUUGUUGACUAAACUUAACUGCGGAAAUUGUGAAUCUCUGUAAGAUGGGAACCCACGUCCCGCACCCGCGCCCCAUCCAUCCUGCAUGAGGGUGUGAAACUUAAUCUGGAUCGGUAGAAAGCAGGGCAAAGGACAAAUGUAAAAAACAAAACAAAGGCCCUCUAAAAUUCCUAUGGAAUUGUUGUUGCUCUUGGCUCCCGUUUGUACUGCCUCUUUUUUUUUUUUUUUAACAUUGUCUUAAACAUUUCUCUAGUCCAUGCCUUAUGCUUAAAGAAUGCAAGCUAACACUCAGAAACAAUGCACACUCAAUGGGUUGAUUUGAGGGAUUCCAGGUAUUAAUUUAUGUUAGGUUGCUCUCUGUGCUGUUUAGACUCUUAAAUCUACAGCCAGUCAUGACUCUCCUUUAGGUUACUGUCUGAUGCGGAAUAUAAAGAACAUGCUGAAAAUAUGCAACCUCGUUUUUAUUCUAAACAAUUAUCUAAGGUAUCACAGUGUAUGUAAUUUUGAUGGAAUAUCUGGGCAUUAAUUUAAAGACGACGAGAGAUGGUUUGAAUUUAAAAGUGAAAUUUUCCUUUUGGUCUCUUUGAUCGGUCAUGAUUUGUUAGAACAAAAGUUGCCCAUGCUAUCUUUGAUCACAUCGUCCAUCUGUGGAGAUGGGAGAUCUGAGGUCACUACUGAUCAAUGAAAUGCAAAUUGUACCGCAUCACCUGAAAUGUGUUCUGGAGCUAUUUAAUUUCACCAAAUAUUUCAUCAGUAUUAUUAAAGGGUUCUACGCUGCAGAAAAGUC